AUGAAGGAGGAAGAAACUAUCAAAAAGUAUUAUGAUAGGAUUAUGGCUGUGGUAAACAGCAUAAGGUUACUUGGAGAACAAUUUAGUGAGGCAAGAAUCGUGGAGAAGGAACAAAUAAGAGCUAGCAGGAUGGAGGAGCACCAAGAAAGUGCUUUUCAAGCUAAAUCCAAGGCUGCCUCGAGCACCAUUGCCUACAAAGGCAAAAAGAAUUGGAAAAACAGGCCUAAGCCUGAUGCUGCAAGAAGAGGGGAUCAACCUUGCAGGCACUAUAAAAGAGCAGGUCAUCCAGAAGAUAGAUGUUGGUUUAAACUAAAUGCUCUAUGCCAACAUUGCAAGAAAAAGAGGCAUGUUGAAAAGGUUUGCAAAAACAAAGGCAGACCUAGGCAGAAUCAAGCACAACAGAAAAAUGCUGAAGCUCAAAUGGCUGAAGAUAGUAGUAACCAUGAGGAGCAGGUAUUUGCUGUGUCAUGCUCAGCUGGCCAGAAGAAGGGCUCAAAAGGAUGGCUUUUGGACAGUAGUUGCACUAACCACAUGUCACCAGAUACAACCAUUUUCAAAACCUUGGACAGAAGCUGCAAAACCAAGGUGAAAGCUGGUAAUGGGCAGUUUAUCAAGGCUGAAGGAAAAGGGGAAGUGUUGAUAUGCACUCCCACAGGCAACAAAAUCAUAUCAAAUGUAUUGCUAGUACCUGAGAUUGAUAGAAACCUUCUCAGCAUUGCUUAA